AUGUUGACUGAACGACGCUGUCACGGUGGCGUCAAGGCGCGCGAGCGACAGUUACUCAACCCACAACGGGAGUGUGAGCUUGUGCUAUACAUAGAAAAAUGCGCAAGAAGAGACUUGCCAUCUAUAAGAGAAAUGAUACAAAAAUUCGCGACGACGAUAGUGAAGUUGGAGGUUUCCCACAGCUCGGUUACGCGGUUUCUUCAUUGGCACGCCGACGAGCUUACCAUCAGAUGGAGCCCUAGGACCGAUUGCGAUAGGUACCAAUCUGACUCACCGUUCAAGUAUAAAUUAUACUUUGACAUGCUUCACCCGAGGAUGCAAGAGCACGAAGUUGAAGAGCGCAACACGUACAAUGUGGAUGAGAGAGGCUUCGCUGUUGGUGUCGCAAAACGCGGCAGACGUGUCUUCUCUAAGGCCUUACUAGGUCCCAAAUAA